CAUUUAUAAAAACAUAAUUUUUUAUGGGUUAAUACAUUUAUAUUUAUGAUAAAUUUUGAUAUUUAGAAAAUAAAGGACCCACUGAGAUUCGAACUCAGGUUAUUGGAAAACAUACAUCAGAAUCCAAUGGACUAACCAACUAUCCUAUAGGUCCAAGUUCUAGAAGAGCUGUUUAUGAUUUAUUUAUAAAUAUUGGAUUCCAACCUUUUUCUAAUUUUUAUAGAUUUUUUUUAUUAAAAAAAAAAUAGAAACUGGUCUAUAAAACACACAGACAAGUCUAUUAAAUAAGAACUAAAGGGGUGUAUUAUUUUUUAUUUUUAAAUUAUUCUUUAAAUGGGAAAUACAAUUAAAUGGUUUUUUCAGUUUCCAUUAUUUCAGUUUUUAUCAAGAGAAUUCCGAGAAUUAUGUAUUUUAGCAAUUCGUCAAGGUCCUGUUCCUACUCAUAUUGCCUUUGUAAUGGAUGGGAACAGACGGUGGGCUAAACAUAUGAAUUUGGAGUCAGCAGACGGACAUAGUAGAGGAUUUGAAAAUAUGAAGCACAUUUUAGAGAUCUGCUAUAAACUAGGAAUAAAAGUUGUUACUAUUUAUGCAUUUUCUAUCGAAAAUUUUAAAAGGACAAAGCACGAAAUUGAUAUUAUUAUGGAUAUUGGUAAAACACAAUUAACACAGUUCUGUUCUCAUGGAGAUAUGGUAGAUGAAUAUGGGAUUCAAUUAAAUGUUCUUGGUCAAAAAUCACUUUUAAAACCAGAUUUUCUUGAACUUAUAGAAAAAGCAACUAAUAUGACAAAAUCUAAUACAAGAGCGAUUUUAAAUAUUUGUUUUCCAUACACUUCUCGUGAUGAAAUUACUACCGCAAUACGUGAAAUAGUGAAUAAAUCAAAGCAUGGGAAAUUAGAUAUAGAGAAAAUUGAUGAAACAACUUUGGAUCAACAUAUGUUUACGCAUGGUUGUCCUCCUCUAGAUAUGCUUAUACGAACAAGUGGUGUUCAACGGUUAAGUAAUUUUAUGUUAUGGCAAUGUCAUAAAACAACUAUAAUCAAAUUUGUUAAUUGUUAUUGGCCUGAUUUUAAUGCAUGGAGAUUUUUACCUCUUAUUCUUGAAUAUCAAUUGUCAUUAUUUCGGGAAAAAUUAAAAAUUUAAUAGGCACGUUUCCUUAAUAUAAAUAAAAAGAAUUGUUUUAUUAAAGCAUAUGAAUACAGAUAAUUUAAAACAAUAUAAUAUUAAA